AUGAUCUAAUUAUGCACAAAGAGUUAGAUAAACAGAGUUGGAGAUGGUCACUGUGUUACUACAGUGUUAGUUAGAAGUUUGAGUCAUAUUUUCCUGUUUCAGUCAUGAUGCUGGACACACACUAACCUGAUAAUCCCAUGGACUACACCUCAUUUUUGAAGUAUUCAAAGAGGCUGCAUGAGCUCUGAGUCACCAGGUCUGUGACACGUCAUGGCUCAGACCAGUUUUUAUAUAUGUGACAUCACUGGCAGCACUUUUUCACCUCAUACCUUUGCUGUGUUUUAAUAGGGGAUAAUGUUUAUAUAUUUCUUUUAAAAUGAAAUCUGUAUAAAUGAAGGCAUGUAUUAGAUCUGUUUUUAUGGCUGUGUAUGUGAAUGACUGAACUACAUACAUACCCUUGCCAGGCUGACAUUAUGUAAUCGCUGUUACCUAAUCAUAAAGAAUGGGAGAGGAAGAAAUCAGGUCAGCCUGUGCUGAGGGUGGAGCUCCCUGGUGCAGCAGCCUGUCUCUGCGGCUUCUACUGGCCCAAGAAAUGUUUGUCAUAUUCUUGUCUGCCCUCUUUACGUGAAGCUGGUUGGUUUUCACACAGGGAAGGUGUCUGUAGCGGGGGAGGGGGGGGGCAGGCAAAUAAGUCAGGGAGAAAAGCGCCAGCUACAGAAACCUUGGCGACAUUACAACGUUCAAACAGGGCUCAGCUUAUACCGAUGAAAUAAACUGUGUAACUGACAACGAGCAAAAGAGUUUGAUAAAUGUGAUGUGCACAUUAAAAACAAAUCAGAAAUGUGUUGUCAGGCACGAGAUGGACUGGUUUUUCUUACAGUGAGGUCACCCAUUACUGAAGUCUCUCUGUCAGGCCUGAGCUGAGCGUCUUGCUGUUCUGAGACUGCACAUGAGGAGCACGGGGUGGAUCCUAAACCACACACUCAUCGUCCGAUGGUUGUGAUUGAGGAGUGGUUAGCCACUGAGCUGCUCCUGGAUGAGCGUCCUUAUCGACUCUAAUAAAGACCAUAAUUGACUGAAUGGAUUCAUAUGAUCUGAAAGUAAAGUGAGGAGUGUUUACAGAGGUCACAGGGGCACGAGGGCUGUUCUUGGACCAUUAGACGAAUACAGGUCUAUUUUCCUCAUAAAGAGGCGUAAUAGCAUACAUCAGCUCGUCCAGCUCCGCCUCCAGCCCAGAGUCGUGUCACAGCGACUCCUCCAAUGGCAGCUAUCAGUCAUCCUCCCCACCCCGCGGGUCCCCACCUAGCCACGGACAGCUGAGGCAGCCGCUCGACCCCACGAUGGCCGCAGGAGGCCAAAACCUGCCACGGACUCAGAAAGGUGGACGCUCGUCGUCCACAGCAAAGACUGGUAUCACAAAAAUCAACGGCCUGGUGCUGCUCUGUAAAGUGUGCGGUGACGUGGCCUCUGGAUUUCACUAUGGUGUCCAUGCCUGUGAGGGCUGCAAGGGCUUCUUCAGGAGGAGCAUCCAACAGAACAUCCAGUACAAGAAGUGCCUGAAGAACGAGAGCUGCCCCAUCAUGAGGAUCAACAGGAACCGCUGCCAGCAGUGCCGCUUCAAGAAAUGCCUGCUGGUGGGCAUGUCCAGAGACUCUGUACGCUUCGGCCGGAUCCCUAAGCGAGAGAAACAGCGCAUGCUGCUGGAGAUGCAGAGCGCCAUGAACAACAUGAUGAACAACAGCCAGCUGCAAAGCCAGCUGUACAGCAGCCAGAGCCUGCCCAUUGUUAAACCGCUGCCAGGCAGCGCCACUGAGCCUACCUCAGACGAUGCUGUCCCCGCCGCCUCCUGCUCUCCUUCCUCCUCACCUCACUCCAGCCAAUCAGAGUCCAGCUUAGACCCAGAACCCGCUGCGUCGAUGGACACCAGCCCCAGCUCGGCCUCGCCCAGCGCAUCGGACAGCAGCGAGGAGGAGGUGAUCGGCUCGGUGACCAGGGCCCACCAGGAAACCUUUAUGUACAACCAGGAGCAGAGCAGCCUGCCAUCCCAGGCCUCGCAGCCCAUUAGCAACCUCGGCUGUGGCCUCGCCAAAAACCCCACCGACAACCAGACGGAGGAGCGGCAGGACACCUGGGACCACUGCAAGAGCCCGGUCACGGUGGCCGCACGGCACUCCACCUCGAGCCUUGACCCCCAGGGUCAGAAGGAGGUCAACCAGUGCCCCUUCAGGCUGUCCAGGACGGCUGCCACCAGCCACUUUCCAGCAUAUACACAUGGAGCUUUCAGGGCACCGUCCACAGAAGGCUCCACCAAUGGAUCAUGCAGCAUCGCCCUGUGGAGAGGAGGCAACAGGAUGCAUCUGGUUUGUCCGAUGAACACUUCGCCUCACGUGGACCCUCAGAAGUCCGGCCACGAGGUGUGGGAGGAAUUCUCCCACAGCUUCACCCCGGCGGUCAGGGAGGUGGUCGAGUUUGCCAAGAAGAUCCCGGGCUUCAGAGAGCUUUCCCAGCAUGACCAGGUCAGCCUUUUGAAGGCUGGCACUUUUGAGGUGUUGGUGGUUCGGUUUGCCUCGCUGUUUGACGUGAAGGACCGCACUGUCACCUUUCUUGGAGGGAAGAGGUACAGCGUGGACAGUCUGAGGGCCCUCGGAGCCGGGGACCUGCUCAACUCCAUGUUUGACUUUAGUGAGAAGCUCAUGAACCUGGGUCUCAGUGAGGAGGAGAUGAGCCUGUUUACUGCUGUGGUUCUGGUCUCUGCAGAUCGAUCUGGCAUCGAGAACGUGAACUCUGUGGAGGCCCUGCAGGAGACGCUUAUCCGCGCCCUGCGGAGCCUCAUCACCAAGAACCACCCCAACGAGGCCUCCAUCUUCACCAAACUGCUGCUCAAGCUGCCCGACCUGCGUUCCCUCAACAACAUGCACUCUGAGCAGCUGCUCGCCUUCAAGGUCCAUUCCUGAACUUUCCUCGAAGUACUUGACGCCCUCCGCCCUCACUUCACCUGAAAACAUUGCACCCGAGACAAAAGCAGCCCUAAAGGCCACCUGGAGCACGAGCUCCACCCGACCACACCUGCACGGGCCUUUGGGUUUAGCUCUUUGUCUAAAAAAUAAAAUAAAAGUGGAAGUUGUACUGUAGGGCGUGACGGCCUGUGUGAUGGUUAUGCAGACGCACAGACACUCUGACUGGUGUACAUGUCUCUCGUGUUUGUGUGUAGCAGCUGUACAAAGAUUAGAUGCACUUUCCUGUAUAGUGUCGAUGGUAUUUUUGCAUUCAUAGUGCAAUAUGUGACUGCUUCUGGGUCUGAACAGCAGAACAAAGAGUCUAAGCGUUUCCCUGCGGUGGCGUACGUUAAAUUGAACUGGUGCUGCUGUCGUGGGAUGAAAAACAGGCUCGAGAUAAAGUUCUCUUUAAAAGCAGCUGAAACUGAGGAGUCUGUGCAGGAGAGCUGUUUUCAGCUGGAGCAGCAGGGAAAUCUGAACGCGCUGUCUUUGGACAGAUUUGGGAAGCAGACACUUAAUUUCAUCCACAUGUGUUCGUGCCAUGAUUUGUGUUUGUGUUUUGUUCUAAAUUAUUUGGGCAUUGUGACAAAUCGAACGUGUCAGAGUCUCUUUCUGUGCUGAGAUCAGUAUAAAUGAAGACUGAAGCGAUGAAAUGAAACUGUGGACUUUCCCUUCUUUCUCUCGUGACAUCUCCAAGAGUCUGGACAGAAAUGUCACCUCGUAGUCACCAGCAGCGUCUGCACGCUUCAUUACACGUCUUUACUUUUUUUACAGACUCUGUUCUUUAGCUGAGUACAGUUACAUGUAUGAUAUGACGAUUUCACAUAAGUCUGAUUGUAAAAGUGUUUGUAAUGUAAAGACAUGAGCAGAGCUGCUGGUGAAACACUAUCAGCCUUUUAUUCUCCACGACUUCUCUUAUUGCAGUGACAUGUUCUGAAAGGAUGCAGUAUGCAUAGAUUUCUAUAGAAAUAUAUUAUCAUAUAAACAUAACUGUUUAUAUAUAUAUAUAUAUAUAUAUAGAUAUGAAUGAAUGAAUAAAUUUUCUAAAUGGCA